CGUGAAAGACAAGAGGAAAGGGCACAGCGGAAGGUCUGUGCAUGCUGCGGGCUGGGGCCGGGAGGGGAGAGGUGCGCAGCGCCGCGUCCCGCCCCGACCCCAAAGCGCCCGCCCGGGAGCCGCGUGUGCACCGCCCGGAGCGCCGCGUCCCUUCCCCGCGCGGUCCCAGCCAGGCGACCUGUCGCCGCGAAGGACGUGACUCGCAGCUGCCUCGGCUUUCUCCCAGCCAUAUUCCUUUAAGAUGAUGUAAUAGUCAUUUCCCUGGAUGGUUUCUUGCCUGCACUGCUGAAACAACAGCAUCCUAACUGCACCGGGAACUGCACGGUGGAACCACCCAGCUCCGCCGCCGCCGGAGAAGCCGAAGCGGAGAGACCCCGCGGGUGUCCCCGCGCCGCGGCGCCCGGCGGCCCCCGGCAAGCACCGGCCGGGAUCAUGGGAAUCUCUUCGCCCUUGCCGGCAGGUGGGGUGGCUACCUGGGACCCCAGCGGGGCAUCUUUCCGAGUCUGGGCUCUCUGAAAAGCUUCUAAGUCCCAGGACCUCUCGCAAACUCUUUUCUGUUGGAAGGAUUCUCUCCAAGCGUUUGCGUUUGGCAAAACGUCUUGUCCUCCGGAGAAGCUCUUUGGCUGAAUAUUUUUCUCUGCUUCGCUUCUUCAAACCAACCACCUCUCAUCACGGAUUAACUUUUUUUUUUUUUUUUGGUGACUUGUUUUAACUUGAGCUUGGGAGUGAAUAGAUACAUGCACAGCCUUUGCAACAUACAUUUAUAUCCAUAUUUAUAUCUAGGAUAUACGGUUCUUAUUUUUCAAAGAGCACAUCUCUCUAGCACUUUUCAUUGAUACCUCUGUCCUUCACCUCUUUGGGGAUCUGACAAGCUCCAGGCUCAGUUGACUGUGGAUUCUGGCUGCUUUGCAAAUGGGUAUUUCUUCCCAACAACUGGGGCUCCGGCACUUGCCAAGUCAGAGCUGAGGAACUGGGGACGUGGCCUCCUUCGACUCCUGAGCUUGGGGGAAGACGGAGAGGUGAUUGUAUUCUGUGAAGUACUUGCUCACCGCCAGCCAGGGUUUCAGCUUCAUCUACAGCUUCACUUCACCUGUGGACUCUUCUAAUAAUCGGGCUUCUAGGGGGACACGAAAAACUGGGCUAAGAGGAGGAUGAUUAAGAGCUAGUUUAGCCUCCUUCUCCCUCCCUUCCAUGUGGAUAAAAAGGCUCAAGCUGUGACUCCAUUGGAUUGUAUCUUCCAUCCAAAUAGGUGAAGAAGACAAGAACAAUGGCUCUGAGUGGAAACUGUAGUCGGUACUAUCCCCGGGAUCCAGGCUCCACCGUCCCCAACUCCUUCCCCGAGGUGGUGGAGCUGAACGUCGGGGGUCAAGUUUAUUUCACUCGUCAUUCCACACUAAUAAGCAUCCCUCAUUCUCUCCUGUGGAAAAUGUUCUCCCCCAAGAGAGACACGGCGAAUGAUCUAGCCAAGGACUCCAAGGGAAGGUUUUUCAUUGACAGAGAUGGAUUCUUGUUCCGUUAUAUUCUGGACUAUCUCAGGGAUAGGCAGGUGGUCCUGCCCGAUCACUUUCCGGAAAGAGGAAGGCUGAAAAGGGAAGCUGAGUACUUCCAGCUCCCCGACUUGGUCAAACUCCUGACCCCCGAAGAAGUGAAGCAAAGCCCCGACGAAUUCUGCCAUAGUGACUUUGAAGACGCUUCCCAAGGCAGCGACACGAGAAUCUGCCCCCCUUCCUCCUUGCUCCCCGCUGACCGCAAAUGGGGGUUCAUUACUGUGGGCUACAGGGGCUCCUGUACCAUGGGCAGAGAGGGGCAGGCAGAUGCCAAAUUUCGAAGAGUUCCCCGGAUUUUGGUUUGUGGAAGGAUUUCCUUGGCCAAGGAAGUCUUCGGAGAAACUUUGAAUGAGAGCAGAGACCCUGACCGAGCCCCAGAAAGAUACACCUCCAGAUUUUAUCUCAAAUUCAAGCAUCUGGAAAGGGCUUUUGAUAUGUUGUCAGAGUGUGGAUUCCACAUGGUGGCCUGUAAUUCCUCGGUGACAGCCUCUUUCGUCAACCAAUAUACAGAUGACAAGAUCUGGUCAAGCUACACUGAAUAUGUCUUCUACCGUGAGCCUUCUAGGUGGUCAUCUUCUCACUGUGAUUGCUGCUGCAAGAACGGCAAGGGGGACAAAGAGGGAGAGAGUGGCACGUCUUGCAACGACCUCUCCACCUCCAGCUGUGACAGCCAGUCGGAAGCCAGCUCCCCCCAGGAGACAGUCAUCUGUGGGCCGGUGACACGCCAGACCAACAUCCAGACUCUCGACCGUCCCAUCAAGAAGGGCCCGGUCCAGCUGAUCCAGCAGUCGGAGAUGCGACGGAAAAGCGAUCUGCUCCGGACUCUGACAUCCGGCUCCCGGGAGUCGAACGUGAGCAGCAAAAAAAAAGCUGUUAAAGAAAAGCUCUCCAUUGAGGAAGAGCUGGAGAAGUGCAUCCAGGAUUUCCUCAAGAUCAAAAUCCCAGAUCGUUUCCCCGAGAGGAAACACCCUUGGCAGUCUGAACUGUUACGGAAGUAUCAUCUAUAGGAAAGGGCAGGGGUGGGGUGGGAGAAGCGAUCAAGCGUGUCACCGUGUAGAAAUAAACCUCCUCUAAAGAAAUUCGUAUUUGAAAACAGGAAAACCAGUAACAGUCCACAUGUGUUAGAACACAGUCGCCCGUUGAUUUCCUACUGCCUAUUUACCUAGUUCACCUUAACAUGUGAAUCACAGGGUAGAUUUCUUUCCAGCUGUGGAAGUAUCAGAAAAUCUUCAUUGUGGUUUUUGGUUGUUACCUGGGUCUAGGAGUCACUGAACCCUAGCGAGAGCCCACUCCCGCCCGUCAGAGUAGCUGAGAGGCCCUGGGAGUUACUUAUCCCAAAUUGGGUUUUUAUUCUCUCAUCUUCUACCUCCCUCCUUGGAACAAAAAUUACGGUAGAAAGAGAUCUGGCCCAAUGAAACAGGUCUGGAUUUUUAAUGUUUUCUUUGCCCUUUUGUUUAUAGGAUCUGGGGGUGGGAGGGGGAAAUGGCAGAUUUCUAUGACUUUUCACUCAAAAUCUAUUAUGUGCCAGUUUAUAUGGACGCGUCUAUAUGCCUGAGUAUUUGUGCAACAUAAGCACAACACGUAUGUAUAUACACACAGAGCACAGACCUCUGCAGUGAGGCACUCAGGCUCCAUGACCCCCUUUGGGACACUUUACACACGGGAGCCUCAGUUUCUUUCUUAAGCCCCUCUGGGUAGACUUCCCAAUCUCUCAGCAAUCUUUUCUCACUUCAAAUAACACCCUCCAACCCCCCACCCCCCGCAUCCACAAAUUGUCUUAUUUCAAAGUAAUCAUUCCCCACCAAACCCUUCCAUUUUAGUGCAUUUAAACAAUGUGUUUAAACUAUAGCCAGAGGUAUCCAUGAAAAUCAUCACUAAGUGACCCACAUUCAGCCGUCUUCUCCCCAAGCUGAAGUCUUUUCCUUCUCUCGAUGUUGUCAGACUUCCUACUGCCCUUAAUGGUGUGGCCUUUCCACAUAUUUCACAUUCAGUUUGCUGCAUUCCUCUGUAGUUAUGGAACUAAGAACCACGCGCUGUACUUGAAUAAGGGUCCAGCCCUUUCAUUUGUGUGUUUCAAAGGCAAUUAUAUUCUACACACCUCCUGAUAAUUUCUCGUACUCCUUAAAACUACAGUGCUCCAUUGUUUCUUUCCUGUAGCAAGUUGUGUUUGUCUUUGGGAUUCUGAGAUUUGGCUGUGUCUAUACUGGAAUUUAACUGUCAUAUCUGUGAUGUCUGUGAACCACCAACUUGAUUACUGGAGUUCUUAAGUUAAGGUUUCAGCUUCCACCGCUAUCUUUCUUAAUUACAUCCUUGACCUGUAUAGACACAGACAAAAGGAAACUGUUAAUAGCCAUUCAUCCAUGUGACUCUGUAUUCUAUUCAUGUACCAGUAGAUCUUUAUUAGACUUGUGGCAAAUGACAAUUAAACAACUGAUUUUUUAUUUUAAACUUUUCUCAUGCAUUUUAGUGGAAACUGAAAAACUAAUUUGUUAAUUAUUAAUUGUGUGCCAAGCAUUCAUAAUUUUUAAAAUUAUGUGUAUGUGUAUAUGUAUCACAGGUAAUAAAGGCACUGGAUAAUAACUGCAGGAGGGAAAAAUAAUUGACCGAUUGCUUCUUUUUGAAAUCUUUCAUGCAGAUUUAUGAUAUAAGAGAUUCUGUCUUGAUUCCUGCUAUUAGUGCCCUUUAGUAUAUGAAUAUCUUUCUAGAUUUUUGUAAUUCAUUUCUUCUCACUCGGUGACAGACUAUCCAAUGUUUUCUUGUCCUGAUGGUUCUAAUGGAGUUUAAAAUUUUACUUAUGUGAAAAAGAACGAUUUUUGGUAGACCUGAGUUAGCAAAAGAAUGACAUUGUGUAUUUAACUGUCAUACUUAUAUUUUACUAUAUAGUAAGCAUUUACUCAGAGUUAUGUUGUAGCUUUAUUAAAGUCUACCAAUAGGUUUUUAUUCCUUUCAUUGUAUCUUAACAUCACACCCAAAUAAUAUUGUUUUAGUAAUAGAAGAACCUUACAAAGAAUUGAGAAUUCAUAGGGUAGCAAAAGAGUUAAAUUAAUGACAUAAUUUUUGUGGUUCUACUGAAAAUGCAACCAAAGAAACAGUGUCUAAAUUGGCCAAAAUCCUAACUUCCUUACAUUUUAGAAUUUUAGAUUUGACUAUGAUGGAUAAAGAUAAGGACCCGCUAAUAAGAACUGAACAAAUAGUAAGAUGUUAGUCAAUCAAAUAUGUUCGCAUACUUUCAAUAGGAAACUAAACAAUGCAGUAAAGAAAAAUGUUCAGGGCUGGAGCAAUAGCACAGCAGGUAGGGCAUUUGCCUUGCAUUCGGCCAACCCGGGUUUGAUUACCAGCAUCCCUUAUGGUCCCCUAGCACCGCCAGGAGUAAUUCCUGAGUAGAGAGCCAGGAGUAACCCCUGUGUAUCACUGGAUGUGACCCAAAAAGCAAAAUAAAAAAGUUCAUGGCAUUAAUUCUCUGCCUUGUGACCUGAUCUGAACAGUGAUUCAUUUAUUUGUUUGUUUGUUUUUAAAAAUUAAGGUAUUUUUAUAUUCCCAUUUCACAAAACUCAUGCUAGAAAAAAAAUUAACAACUGUUUUAAUCUGAGUCAGUUCUAGGACCAACAUUCUUUCCAAAUAAUCUUAAGAGCUGACACCUUAUGAUACUCAUUUAUAUGGGUAUAGGCAUAGAGAGAAAAAUAUAGACCUGACGGAUACAAUGUUCAAAGGAAAUAUCGAUUAAAGGGAAAACUUCCAUUUUAACGUGAACGGAGUUAUCAAGUGACUUCUCCCUGGCUUGAAACAUUGGAAAUGAGUUCUGGAGAAGUGAGUUGUAAGAUUAUAUGCAUUAGUGAUCCUGGUAGUCACUGUGAGUUAGGCCUCUUUCCAUAAAUUUAAAAUAGUUUUUAAACCAUUUAUUUCAAUUCUGGAAAGAACUACAUCUUUGAUUUGCUUUUUAAUCAUUGGUAUGACAAGGAUCAUGAGUUGUUGAUAUAAAAAAACAAAUUAAUCACAUCAGAUAGGUUAAAUGAAAGGAAUCCUCUAUAGAUAGUCCAAUAUAGGUUGCCUUCUGAGAUAUCCUGUGAUGCUAACACCCAGUAAGCUUGGGGAAGCAUUUUGUAUAGAAAUGUGUGUUUCCUAAAGCCAGAAGUUUCUCCUAACCAUUAUACAGAGGGAGUGUUCUGUAUUCAGCAGGAUAAUUAAAAAAAAAAUCACUGGGGUAGUAUGCUCUUACUCUCACUACCAAGGAAAAAAAAAAUUGAGAUGUGGGCAUACAGUAACAGGUGAAGUGGCUUCUAAAAUACAUGGUGAUGUUAUUCUUUGUGAUUGUAGGCCUAGCAAUCUUACUGGAAAUGCAUGCAUGGUGAAUUACAAUAAAAGGGGAGCAAUGCAUAAAUCGUAUGUGUUCCCUUUGCUCUUUUUUCCUCCAGAGAUAUGGUUUUUUCCCUUAACUUAUUCAUGUGGGGGGGUGGAAUAACACAGUUAUUAAAGGGAACUCACAAGGAAGUUGUACUUUCCAGCUGGCUGUGUUUGAUUCAGAGGUACCUUGAUCCAAAGGCACACAUGUGUGCUGUUCAUUCCGAGUUCUUGCUUCUGCUUCUGAAUUACUUUUGCUUCUCUAAGUUUUAGAUUCUUCUCUGAUUAUCCUUUAUCUGUGCCAAGUAAAACAUGCACCAGUGGGAAAAAAAAAGGCAUAUCUGGUGUUUCACAAAAUUCUUUGACACGAGCAUCUAUAAUGAAAGCCAAAUUUUAACUCUGUUUCCUUUGCUAUAAUCUCAACCUUCCAACCCAGAAUUUACUGUAGUGAAUUAACCCAUCACUUUUGAUGGCUGGUGUUUCCUGUCAUUAGAUGCUGUGCUAUGGAAUUUAACUAACCUUGGUGUUCCAAAUGAGCUUUAAAGGAGCUAAUAAACCUAUUCUGUGAACUUUCUGGGAAAAAAUCCUUAUCUCUUGUACUUGGCAUUAGAAUUUAUGAAGGACAAAUGAAGAGAGUUAGAUCCCCCCCACUACUUCUAAUGUGUGGGAAAUAAUUUUUUUUGCCAGUUCUCAUGCUGAGUGACAGAUUCAGAAUUUAUUAUUUCUCUUUAAUAUCAUGCUAUUGUUGGCAUCUUGCAACCUUGAAACUUCGCAGCUCCAACUUACUUAUUUUUCUCUUCUAUUUUCAAAAUAACACAGUAGAAAAAGAAUAAGAGGGAAUAUUUUGUAUUCUCUGUUAAAAUUGUUAGAUGCCAUUUAUAUGGACUAAACAAUGAUUAAUAGCUAUAGAAAAAUUAGAUGAAAUGAAGCUGAUGGAAAAGGCUUGAUUUAUACUGCCUUCAUCAUUAGUUGCAGAUGAAAUGGUUAUUAUUAUCCAAACUAAUAGAAGUCUUCAACUUUAAAAAUCACAGGCUUUUGAUGCAACCACGAAGCUCAUUUAUUUUCAAAUGUCUUUUUUUUUAAAAAAAAAUCUGGCCAUACACUUUAAAACAGAGAUUCUAUUCUAGUGACCUCCACUGCAAUACUUUUUAACAGUGUCUGUCAAUGUUGAACUUGCACAAAAAGUAUUUUUGUCUCUUAUGAAAGUUUAGAUUCCCUAUUACCAACUGUGGCCCACGUGACGCCUGAACAUUAUGAGUAAGAACAUUGGUCCAUCAUGUGGUUGAGCUCAAUGGAAAGUAGCCCCAGUAAAAACAAAUACACUGCAGAUUUCUUUGCCCUCUCCAAAAGUAGCUACAGAAAGCUCCAGCUAGACCAAGAAAUCUGCAUUUGAUGGCUAUGAUACUUAAUGCCUUUGAUGGACCUUUCUGGGAGGGGACCGGUUCCUCUAGGACUCUGCAGAGGCCAGCAGAUCUCUCACUUCCUGGUGGCACUUCCUCACUUCUCACUUUCUUUCCACUGCAAAUAAAUUAAAGCAUGCAUUAUUCAUUAUCUUAAAAUAGCCAAAGAAAAAUAUCUCAGAGCUUGAGCAGUGUAGAUUUCCAUGAUUCCAUGGCUCUUUCAUCUGCCUGUCACCCGUAAGCUCAUCUCCAUUGGGUAUGUUUAUUCUUUUUCUUUUACAAACUGAAAGUCUGAAUCAGUAUAGUUUGAUCCCUGGGUAGAGGGGAGAACAUCUCUGAGUGAGAUGUGUCCUAAUGAUACCCAAUGAGGAAUAAAAGUAAUGACCUCUCUCAAGGACACUUAUUCAUUUCCAGGUUCUUACACGGUUUGAGUCAGAGGAAUUUGAAACUGAUCCAUAAUUUAAAGAUGUGUUAGGCCCCAACAUUGAUUUUAUUGACUGAUUACUAGUUUAGCUGCAUUUUACCAAUAUUAUACUGAAUUACUGAACUGCAUGUUUUUUUCCAGGCUGACUCAAUCAGUGUUAUGGCAUUCUCAUUAGCUGAAGAUCAUAAACCCUAACAUUAGCAAAAAACUUCAGGCAAAACUCAUGAGGGAGAAGAAAUGUGAAAAUAAGAAGGAGAGAAUUCAAAAUAGUAGUCAAAGUCCAUUAGUAUGACAUAAAAUUCUGAGCUUUCUCAUAAUUUGGUCAGGGUAUUUGGCCAUGCUAUGAGUAUUCAGAUAGCAAAAAGUAGGGCAUUAAUAAUACAGUGAGGUCUGUUAAUAAAUGGCAAUGUUCAUAUGAUGUUACCACAUGCUCCAUGAAGAUAGAAAAAAUGACCAAGUAUUAUAUGUGUCAUGAGUAUUUGUGAAAAUUUAAAGCUAAGGGGAAGUGGAGUAGUUAAUAAAAAAUAUAAACUUGAUCACUAAUAUUGUUUGACUAAGAUUUUUACAUUUGUUUUAUUAUAACUGUCAUUUUCUGCUCUCCUUUAUCAUUGCUGCAAUGACAACAUCUCUCAUUUGGCUGGAGUGGUUGCACAACUGACCACCGAUUUUUAGAAUAUGACAUUAGAUUCAUUGCCCCCUUUCUCUUGUUCCUAAAUGGGGUUCUUUUACUUCUUCAGCUUCUAAUCUUUAAAACAUGUUCCUCUUGUUUGGGAAAAAAUAAUUGCCUUGUUCUUUGGGUAAUAUCCUAGACUAUCAUUCAUACUUUCUUAGGGUAAUAAUGAGGGUGUUGGAGAGAUAACAGAGUAACUCGUAAUAUAUGGCUGAGCAGAUCUGCAACAUUCCAUAUGGUCCCCCAAGCCCUGCCAGGAAUGAUCCCUGAGCACUAAGCCAGGAGUAAGUGCUGAGCACGUCUAGGUGUGACUCAAAAGCAAACUUAAAAUGUCAGAUGAAAACAGGGCUCAAAGAGAGUACAGUUGGUAGGAUACCUCAUUGAAUGCUACUGACCUGGGUUUGACCCCCAGCACCACUUACAUUACAUCAAGUUCCUCCAGGAACUUCCUAAGGACAGAAUUGGAAGCAAAUUUUGACAGCUUCUAUGGUGACCUCUCCACCCCCACCCCCCUCCCUCACCCCCCAAAAAUAUAGGACAAAGUCAAGUGGAAAAUCUAUUGUGGCCCAUCAACUGCUAAGGUGUUUGUCUUGGAAGAGAGGGUGGGUGGUGAUUUUCUAGGAACCAGACACCUUAAAAGCACUUAACAAACCAACCAGAGAAUUUAGUGAGUCUCUUCUUUCCAGCAACCUCUUCCAUCUUGUCAGUUUAUUCUUAGAAUUGACCUUUUGCUAAUUUACCUGCAUUUGCACAGCAAAAAAUCAACAUAACUUCAGACUCUUCUUGCUGACGUUAGCUCCAUGUAUUAUAAAUGGAAACAUGAUUAAUGACCAACAAAGUAGUGGAGAAAAGUCUUAUCAUUGGGCCACUGUGUGAAUAUGUGGUGGUAUGUAUAUGGCAUGUACAUAUACGUGUGCUAGUUUUGGGUAGUGGUGAGUUAACUGUGUUCAUGAUGAGGUUUGUCAUUGCAAGGCUUAUAUAAAUUCUUUGAUUAUACAUUUCAACUACUUUUAUUUCUGCACCAUUUCCUGUGUGUGCCAUCCUUGAGAAUGCUGUACAAGACUGGCCUCCGGGUGUAAAAUUUAAAAUUACAGAUUUCUGGUAAAAUAAAUAUUAUCUUGCUUUCUUUCCUGUAGUUAGCAGUGGUUGAGUCAAAACAAGAAAGAAAAAAAAGAAGUAAAAAAAGAAACAGAAAGCAAAAGAUUGGCUAAGACCUAGCAUAUAUUUAGUAUUCACAUUAUUAUUAGUUGUCACCAGGGGUCAAGUGGUUUAUCCUUGUCUAGUGAGAGAGAAACAAAUUCAGGAAACACUGUUCUCUAAUUUAUGGCCUAUGUGCAUUUAAAACAGUGGUUCUCAGACAGGAGGAAUUUUGAGUCUCAGAAGAGUUUUGACAAUGCCUGGAAAACUCUUAAGUCAUCAUGACUAAAGAGGCGCCAUUGUCACCAGGAAAGCUGCUAAACACCCCACAAUGUACAGGACAGCUCCCCAACAGAAAUUAUCUGGGAAGAAAUGUUACAUGCAUUAAGGUUGAAAAACAGUUUGGCUUUAAUUUUCCAAGGCAUCAUGAUAUCUCAGAUGAGACAGAAUAAAAGAAAAAUACUUAGUACCACCUCAAGGGCCAGAGCAAUAGUACAGGGUAUUUGCCUUGCAGGCAGUUGAUUGGUGUUCAAUCCCCGACAUCCCACAUGGUCCUUCAAGCACUGUCAGGAGUAAUUCCCGAGUGCAGAGCCAGGAGUAACCCCUGAGCAUCACUGGGUGUGACCCCAAAAGACAAAAAGAAAAUAAGUACCACCUCAAAUCUGUACAGUUUUUCUAAAAAUUAGAUAAAACCAUCUCUUUACACAAUUGUGUUUGCUGAGAUUGAGAGAGAGAGAGAAAUGUUAUCUUUUUCAUCAUGUUUUUCAUCAGGGGAAAGAGCUGUGAUCUAAAUAUAUGUAUUCUACUUUGCUCUCUUUAUGCCUUGGAAAAAUGAAAUUUUAUUAAAGGAAUUACAGGCAUCAACCUUAUAAAAGUUAAGGGGUUAAGGUUUCUUUGUAAAGAACUUUGGGUAUGUUUUAAGACUACAUGCCCCUAUUAAGACUGUUUUUAAAACUGAUUCAGAGUAAGCAGCUAGGGCUUCUCAGAAACAAAAUAAUAAUUGCUCACUGUGUACUUUACUCCUUUUCAAUUGAAUAUACCCUCUCUGAAGAUGGAACUUAGAUCUUGGAAUAUUCGCAGACUCAUGUGGGUGGUCCUCAUGUUCUUGCUUUCAAAGUUGUGAUAGUUUUAAAGCACAAGUCCUGGCUAUUGAGUCAUAUUAUUUAGUUUGUAUAAGUGCAAAUUAAAUUGUCAUUUAAUUUGUAUAGAUUUGUAUACAAGAUAAAGGAAAAGUAGGUCUGGGUGGUUUGUUUUGCCAACCAUGUAGUCAUUUAUGGCACAAGUCCUAACAAGGUCCAAUUCAGUAGAGUAGUUAUCUGUUAAAUCAGUGAUAGCUGAUACAAUCCAAAAGGGUUAGAGAACUAGAGAACUUCCAUUAAGGGAGUUUGUCAUCGCCAACCAUUUGCUGUGCUAUUUACAGAUUACCAUGGAAAAUUUCUGGAAGGAAAAUAGAAGUGUGUUUGCGUAUCUGUGUGUGUGUGUGUGUGUGUGCAUACGUGUGUAUUUUUACCUGUGCUUGUGUGACCAUGUCUGUUAUUUUCACCUUUUAAAUUUUUGAACAAUGUUGCUUUUGCUCAAGAUAACAUCAGAAAGAUAAAAAUCAUUGAUUGUGCCCAAAAUCUUAUUAUUGCUCCAAGCUGGAACAAAAGAGGCAGCUACAGAAAAGAAACUGCCCUGAAGGGUAUGUGUGUGUGAGGAUGGUAUAUACUGUGGAUUAUGUACGUGUGUUUAUGUAUAAAAUUUAGAGUAUAUAUGUAUAUAUGUAUGUAUAUAAAUCUAGAGGAAUAUAUAUCUAAGUCUAUACAUAUAUACACAAAUUAUGAGAAAUUUUAUAAUUUCAUAGUUUGAAACUUUCAAAUGUUGAUUUUAAGAGAUAUUAUUAUUAUUUGGUUUUAGUAAAGUACAGUUCUGUAGAAUAAAAAUAUAUGUCUGAUUUCUUAAUUUCAGUUGCAAAAUAUCAGAACUAUACAGUAAAAUAUAGUUUUGAUUACUAACAUUUUUUACUGUGAAUGUAUAUAUUUAUUUAUGGUGCAAAGAAUAUGAUUAGGAUAUCUAGAUUUAAUUUCUAUAGAUAUAAAACCAAGCAAAAUUGCAUUUAACUAAAAGCUAAUGUUGAAAAGCUGACUAUUAUUUGGACUAUUUGUUGUUAUUUUCACUUUAUAUUUUCAAAAACUUUUAUUUGAUAAAACAAAAACCACCAAGUGAACAUGAUGAUAUUUAGGAAGAGUCAGAAAAUGUAAGUUUAUGAUAAUACAUAGCUAAAAGCUACCAUGAAAAGGGUACUUCACUUAUCUAUCAGUUAGUUUCCUACCUCUUCAUUUAUUUGACUUCAAUAUUUAUCAGAGAUCUUUUGCAGGUGGAACUAAUUACCUGUUUAUUAUUUUAAAGCUGCAUUAAAUAACUUAUACAUACUGUAAAUAUAUACAAAAGCUCAAGGGCACAUUAUUAUAACAACCACUUUCUAGUCUCUAGCAAAUAACCCCUUACUUCUGUUUAUACAGAUACCAAAAUUGUUGAUCAAAGAAUAAGCAGCAUAAAGUGAAAUGAAAGCAAAUGUUACCUAUCUGCUUUGGCAUCCUAUAGGUAUACUGCCCAAAUUAGUUAAGACUAAGUAUUUGUAACGAUACACAAAGUUAUAUUUUCAUUCAUUGUCAUGUCAUGUGCUUUGUGUAUUUUGGAGAAUGUGAAAUGUUUUCAAUUGACCUAUGCAAACAGAGAUUUCCCUGAUACUCCUUGGGAUCAGUUUGUAUGCACUCAAGUCCCUUCCCUUCCCUCACCCACCCAAGGCUAAGCUGAUUCCUUCUCCCUGGGGGCGGGGUGUCAGCUUUUCACACACAAUCAGAAGCAUUUGCAAACUCAUCAAGCACAUCCAUUCAGUUUUUCUGUAGGCUCCCUGCAGAUGUGGUCUUAAAAACAUAUGAAAGAAAAUAAAUUUUAUAGCAAUUUACUGUGAAAUAAAGAAUAUUUUAGAACACUAGAAAUAGUUUUUUUUUUCUUCAAAAUAUGGAGCAGUGAAGGGAUAGUGGUAUUUAAAUCAACUGUGGUUUUAAGUUCGUUUUUUAAAUUCAUUUCCAUAUUUUAAAUUCCAACGAGUACAGAAGCAGGAACAUUUUAUUAAAAGCAUUAUUCUUGGUUUAGUGUAUGCUUGUAAAUUGGGGAAGAGAGAAAUGAGAGUUCCCUAACUCUGCAUAUACAGUUUCUGAUCUAAGGAAAUAGGCAACUGUAUGAAUUAAAACACAGACAUAGGAGGCUACAUUUCAGAACCCCAUUGAAAGCUGAUGGUGGCAUCUCCUCUAUGUGGAUCACCACUUAUACUAGUGAUGGCAUCCUUGUUUUUUUUUUUUUUCCCUUCUAGGACCAUAGUCUGUAAAAUUAAGAAUCUUUGUCUGAAGGAAUUAAAUAAAUGAUCAAAGUUGAAGUUCCAUCUGCCUCAUUUUUCAGAACCAGCAGAUCUCUGGGUAGAAAUGAACAAAAAUAUUUGUUAAAAUUCUGUAGACAUGCUUUGACUGUAUUGUUGCCGCUCUGGAUAGAUACUUUUAAAGCCUCCAGUUAAUAUGUUACCUAGAGCUCUCCAAAUACAGUUUGCCAGGCUCUUAUGUCUCUGAUGAUUUGAACGUGAUGCCACCAUGAACAGUCUGAAUUUUACUGGUACUAACACCGAGUGGUGAUCUAUUGGGGCCUUGCUCAUGUGACUGUUCCCUGACCUCAUUCAAGUUCCUGAUGACUUGGGUCAGUUUCUUGCACAUUGAUGUAUGCCAAGCGACAUCCACUGAAAUUACCUCUGCUCCUUUCCAGUGCAGUUUGCUUGUAUAUAAGUGUAAUGUCAAAUUGUUUACAGGUUCUUUCUGUGUGUAAUUGUGGCAGCAGAUUUAGCUCAAACUUAAAGGAAUCUGUUUACUGAAUGGUGUUAAAAUGAAUGUGCUUAUUACAGUAUAAACAUCAUUAAUUAUGAACUCACCUGAAUGCAUGUCUACAUGUUGUCAAAUUCCCAGCCACUUGGUUAUUCAGAAAAAAGUCUGCAGUAGUCUGUGAAUAGAAAAUAUACAUAAACUACCGUGACUGUAAUAACUCAAUAACUGUUUUUACCUUGGUAUGUAACACUGUAGAUUUUAGCCUGCUGUAUUUCUUUUUUUCUUACUUAUUUAUUUUUGUGAGAGAAACAUGAUAAAAGACAAUGAAUAACUGUCUCAAUGGAAUUGCACACCAUAUUGGCCUCCAUUGGUUCACCCAAAAGGCAAUUGCCGAUUGAUGGAACAAUGGUCCUGAGCAACAUAUAUAUAUACAUACACACCUAUGUAUGAGAUAUUUACAUUGCUAAUCACAACCAUUUAUUCUCACUGCCAAUGCAAACAAAACCACUUUUUUCUUUGGAAUUAUUGAUGGAUAUAAAACACUAAUUUGUUAUUAACUGCUUUCAUAUUCUGUUUAGUUUGUAUAGUAUGGUAAAUGAUACAGGUGCAGUAUCAGUAUUGUAAAAUUGUGUGGUGAAAACUACAAAAGUAAUUCUGUGGAUAUAUUUUAAAAGGCAGACCAGAAACUAUAUUUCAGAUUCUUGUGUGAAUAUAAUUACAGAAAUAGGUAACUAUUUUUAUGUGUUUCCAUAAAUGACUCCAUUUCAUAUGCAUUGUAAUUUAGCACCAAUCAUAAUAAAUCAUUUGGUAACAUUUAGUUGUUA